UAACAGCAAAUCAUCCAAAGGUACAGUGCUUAAAGUAUUGCGGAUCAUUAUUCACAUCUUGGACGUAUCUGCGCAAAUUAUUAGUGUUAUCUCUGAGUGGACUAAAAUAAGAUUAUCGCGAAUACAUUAACAAUAACAAUGUUGACAAGUUUGGAAAACAAAGUUAUCGUAGUAACAGGAGCUGGUCAAGGAAUUGGUAGAGCUUUAUGCCAGCAUUUGGCGACAGCAGGUGCUAAAGUGAUAGCGCUUUCAAAAUCAGUGGAAAAAUUAGAAGAGCUUAAGAAUAUCUGUUCAACUGUGGAAAUCAUACCAGUAGAUCUUAAAAAUUGGCAGCAUACACGGGACAUUCUAUCUAAACUCCCACAAAUUGAUGGUUUGGUGAACAAUGCUGGUGUAGCAAUUAUCAAACCCUUCACUGAAUUGACAGAACAGGAUUUUGAUGACACAUUUGACAUUAACAUCAAGGCAGUUUUCAACGUUACCCAAACACUUUUGCCAAAGCUUAAAAAGGGUUCGAGUGUAGUGAUGACAUCCUCAUUAGCUGCUUCUCGAUCAUUUAGCGGUCAUGUAGUAUAUAGUGCUACUAAAGCUGCUGUCGAUUCAUUGACACGUUCAUUAGCCUUAGAACUAGGACCCAAGCAAAUACGAGUAAAUUCUGUUAAUCCUACAGUAGUUCUAACACAAAUGGGACGUGAAAAUUGGAGUGACGAAGAAAAAUCAGGUCCGCUAUUAGCACAUAUACCUCUAAAUCGCUUUUGCGAGGUGCAAGAAGUAGUCGACGGAAUAGUCUACUUGUUAAGUAGUAACUCAAGUUUUGUUAAUGGACAUCAUUUAAAUUUAGAGGGAGGUUAUUCAGUUUCUUAAAAGUGACUUAAAAAAAAAAGAAAUCACAUAUUUUUCAACAAGUAAAAAUCACACCUGAUUUAUAUUUAAAGAAAAA